CUAGUUUGAUAUCGUUAAACUUUUUAUUGUUUUAACUAAGUGAUACUUUACUCCCCAGUCGUCAAAUACCACAUGGUGCAGUGCUUGAAAGAAAGAUCGCUAUGUGACAUGGUCUUCGUGUCAUGCUCUUGUUCGGCCGCCGCUGAACUGGCGUCAAGAGAUAUGAAUGUUAACACUGCUGGUUUGCUAAAAAAAUUGAUAGCGAUGCUUUCCUAUAUAAAUUCAUCAGAAAUAGACAUUUGUCUUGUAGUCAUAGACUUUGCAGGACUUUCCACGAACGUAAAUGAUAACACAGACUUUUCAAGUGAGUCAAAUUGCAUACAAAAAAUUAUCGUUGGCAAAUUACUUGAUAACAACAAAUUCCACGAAUUUAAGAGAGAGAGGCUGUGUUGAAUGACCCAACAAUGUUAUCAUCUUUUGAAUGUAGAUCAGCACCAGUUCAAAGAUCC